AUGGCCUAUGAUCGAUAUGUUGCCAUUUGCAAUCCACUGCACUAUGAGAUGGUGAUGAAUUGGAAAGCCUGCACUGAAAUAAUUAUUCUGGUUUGGGUCAUCAGCUUUCUCUAUGGAAUGUUGCAUACCACUGGCACUUUUUCAACCCGUUUGUGUUCUAAUGUUGUCAACCAAUUCUUCUGUGAAAUCCCACAAUUGCUAAAGCUGUCCUGCUCUGGCUUCAAUCUAGUUGAAGCUGGAGUUCUUGUGGCCAGUGUCACUGCAGGACUAGGUUGUUUUACUUUUAUUAUUGUAUCUUAUGCCAUGAUCUUCAAGGCAGUGCUAGGAAUCCCUUCUGAACAAGGAAGGCAAAAAGCCUUAUCAACUUGUAUUCCCCACCUUUUAGUAGUGUCUAUGCUUACAUCAACAGGAUGCUUUACCUAUCUGAGAACUCCUUCUAACAUCGCAUCUUAUUUAGAUUUCAGGUUGACUGUGCUGCUUUCUCUUCUUCCAUCCUGUUAA